UCUUCUGUUACUCCAGAUUUUCUUGUUUUGCUGGUGGGCUUUCCAUAUCUUCUACUUUAAAAUCGGAGUGCUGCUCCUAAGUAAAAUGAAGGCUACAGCAUGUAACAGCAUAUAGUUUCGAUUGCUGCCUAGUCAGAGCGGGAAGACAGUGCUGUAAUUAAAAUCCAUAACUCUGGUGUUCCAGACAGCAUGUAUCUAAUGCAAAAUCUUACACAUUACUUGGAGAGUUUCUGUCUUCCUUCACAUUGGCAUCAUGUGCUCCUAGGAUAUUGCUUGUAAGGAGUUACUGGCAGCAUAAUUGCAAAUUUGGGCAUACCUAGAUUUACAUGUUGCACUACAAUAUGGAAGCCAACAUAAAAUUUCAUUUUGUGAGUUAUGCCAUUGACCUGCUUAAAUCAGAUAAGCCUUAUUUGUAAAUUAUUGGAGGCAUAAUUACUUUGUAACUAGUCAAGCCACAGCUAACCAAUACUUCUCAUUCAGUCAAGCACUAUAAUAUUACAAACAACCCAGACCAGGAAUUAAAUCAUUAAAAUGGAACUGCAGCAGACCAACUAGCAACAUAAAACACUUUAAAAAACACACAUCUAGAUGCACCCCUUCAAAACCCUCCUUCAGGGCAGAGACCGAAAGAGAGUGAAAAAACAAGACUUAUGGGAAGGGAACUUCACUGUCUGGAGUCACAGUGCUGUGGGACACUGUGGCACAUUUGGUUACUGGUGUCUGGUGCUUUCAUUUCUGGUGCCUUGUGAACGUAGCCCUGGCUAUGGUGAACCCAUUGCUGAACAGGAUCUACAGGAAAGCCAUUUCCAAGAAUGCAGACAGAGAGAGUUUUGCAUUAUAAUCAGUCUGAUGUACAGUGAGAAUAUGUAGCUAGAUCUGCACAGAGAUAAUUUCAGUGCAGGGGAGGCCCAGAUGAGCAGCAGUUGCUCAGCUGUCCUGUCUCAGGCUCCUUUCCUACAUCCCAGCAGAGCCAUGGAGCCAGCCUCGGGUACAGUUAUUCUGAGCACUCAAUCACAUGGUCUCAGAAACAUCUUAAUAAAUUCUGACCAGCAGCACAGCCAAACACAGCUUCGCCUCAAAAUAAAACAGCUACCCAGGAUCUCAACACAGCAAGAGAGCAUUUUGUCCAGCUGAGAAGGAGCUCUGGUACCAGGCAAAAAUGACGGACAAAAGCCCCUUCGAAACGGAUAUGCUGACCCUCACGCGGUUUGUCAUGGAGAAGGGACGCCGCGUGAAAGGAGCGACGGGGGAGCUGACGCAGCUGCUCAACUCCAUGCUGACUGCCAUAAAGGCCAUUUCUGCUGCUGUCAGAAAGGCAGGCCUUGCCCACAUGUUUGGUAUAGCUGGCACUGUGAAUGUGACAGGAGAUGAGGUGAAGAAGCUGGAUGUGUUAUCUAACUCCCUGGUGAUUAACAUGCUCCAGUCCUCCUACAGCACCUGUGUCCUGGUCACAGAGGAGAACAAGGAGGCCAUCAUCACCCCGAAAGACAAGCGGGGUAAAUAUGUGGUGUGCUUUGACCCCCUCGACGGUUCAUCCAAUAUAGACUGCUUGGCACCAAUAGGAACAAUAUUUGCUAUCUACAAAAAGGAAACAGAUGAUGAGCCCUCUGAAAAAGAUGCUUUACAGCCUGGACGCAAUAUUGUUGCUGCAGGAUAUGCCUUGUAUGGUAGUGCUACGCUGGUUGCCCUCUCCACAGGGCAAGGAGUGGACUGCUUCAUGCUCGAUCCGGGUCUUGGUGAAUUUAUUUUGGUGGACAGAGAUGUUAAAAUCAAGAAGAAGGGGAAAGUAUACAGUCUCAAUGAAGGCUAUGCAAAGUAUUUUGAUCCUGCAAUGACAGAAUAUUUGCAAAAGAAGAAAUUCCCUGAGGAUGGCAGUUCCCCAUACGGUGCCAGGUAUGUGGGCUCCAUGGUAGCUGAUGUUCACCGUACUUUGAUGUACGGUGGGAUCUUCAUGUAUCCUGCUAAUCAGAAGAGUCCUAAAGGAAAGCUCCGACUUCUCUAUGAAUGCAACCCUAUGGCUUUCAUCAUUGAGCAGGCAGGUGGCAUAGCAACUACAGGGACCGAAGCAGUGUUGGAUGUGAAACCUGAGAAUAUUCACCAGAGAGUUCCGUUUAUACUUGGCUCUCCAGACGAUGUGCAAGAAUACCUUGCUUGUGUUCAGAAACACCAGAAGAGCAGCUAAAGACUUUCCACAUCCAGAUCUUGCUUGCCCAUUUUCAGUCUUCAAGAAAAGCUUUACCUUUCAAAUACUGGAUUCUAGAAUUUACCACCAAUAUCUCAGUGAAAGUCCCAGUUUACAAGAGCAGGAAAAAUAGUGAGAUUUUGUUUCUCCUUGCAGGCAAUGUAAAAUCCUUUAAUUCUGAUUUAUUCAGGGCAAAUGCAGAGACAGAGUCAUGACAAGCAGAAACUACUUACUUUAUAUAAUAUUAACAAAAGGAAGUGAGUUGUGUCAGUAUCCCCAUUUGAUCUGAAGUUUUACAUCCAACAUUACAUGAAUGGCAUUGUUUGCAACAGGAUUUCUGCAUCAAUACUUGCAAUAUCAUUAUCUGGAUUUUCUUCAGAGACUUUAUUGCAGAUGCAUUUUAUCUUGACAGCCCUAAGAAGAGCAAAAGUCUUAUGCUGUCUAAAACAAUAUUUUUAAGCUGCAAAUUAUAUAUAUCUUGGGUAAUUAAUAGAGAUUAAAAGGCUGCAGCAUUGCCAGGAUAUUUAAUUUCUCACAAGAACAGGAAAUAUCAUGUGUUAUUUACACACACCUUUCAAAGCACAAAUUCCAAUAAACCAUGGAUGUGACACCCAAA